UAAUUAAAAAUCGCCUUCUCACGGUACCAAACUCCUUCACCAUCUAUUUAAGAGAAUGAACUGCUUCAUUCUUAGUGGUCUGGGUUAGAGAGAGAGAGAGAGAGAGAAAGAAAGAAAGAGAGAUAUCUAGAGAGAGAGUUAUGACAAUGGCUGAUCAGGGCGACGUGAAGGUCUUGGGCGCAUGGCCAAGCCCGUUUGUGAUGCGGGCGAGGAUCGCCCUAAACAUCAAGACAGUCACCUAUGAGUUCCUCCAAGAAACGAUGGCACCCAAAAGCCAACUCCUCCUCAAAUCCAACCCUGUGCACAAGAAGAUCCCAGUUCUCAUCCACGCCGACAAACCCAUCUGCGAAUCCCUCAUCAUCGUCCAAUACAUCGACGAGGUCUGGACCUCCGGUCCUUCAAUCCUCCCUUCUGAUCCUUACGAUCGCGCCACCGCCCGCUUCUGGGCUGCCUACAUCGACGACAAGUGGUUUCCGGCUUUGAGUGGGAUAGCAAGAGCACAGAGUGAGGAGGCGAAAGCGGCGGCGGUUGGGCAAGUGAAGGAUGGAAUGGUGUUACUAGAGGAAGCUUUCCAUAAGUGUAACAAAGGGAAAGGGUUCUUUGGAGGGCAUAUGAUAGGGUACCUUGACAUCGCAUUUGGUUGUUUCUUGGGUUGGAUCAAGGUGUCCGAGAAGCUUAACGGAUUGAAACUCCUGGAUGAAGCUAAGACGCCUGGUCUGGUGGGUUGGGCUGAACGGUUCUGUUUGGAUCCGGCCGUGAAGGAGGUGAUGCCGGAAACGGAAAAGCUGGCGGAAUUCGCUAAGAUGCUGCAUGCUAGGUCCAAGGCUGCUCCUCCCAGUUAAAAGAGAGCCACAUCUUUGAGGAGUGAGUGUCAAUCUCUGGUAGUUAAGGAUUCCGUUUGGUUGCAAGUGUCCAUGUACGCCGAUCCAGACUCUAUUUAGUUUAAAAAGAUCACUGUUUUAAUUUUUGUUUCUUUUUCUUCAUAAUUUUAGAAAUAAAUAAAUAAAAUUGGAAGUUGGGCUAAAAUGGCAACGACUUAUUCUUCCAAA